CCCGAGUUCAGAAUCAGUUUUCGACGGGCGUACGAAACCAGUCUCCUAUCUCUUUCGCUCCGCUCUCCGCCUCUCAAUUCGUUCCGCAAGGGGGGAAGCAACGACGCCGGAGAGUAUUCCCAUCUCUUCUGAUUUUCAUAAGAUGGAGAAAAGUUCUCAUGGGUCUCAUAUUAUUGAAUUAGACAUGGAUUUGCCCCCUGUUGUUUCUAGUAUCGAUGGAAAUAAGAUUUGUGGGGGUGCUUGUGAUUUCUCUGACUCUAGAAACAGUUCCAAAGAUGCCACCGAAAGAUCUGCGUCUAUGAAGAAACUUUUAAUGGUUGUCAUCCUUUGUGUAAUAUUUAUGAGCGUAGAAGUAGCUGGAGGCGUUGCAGCAAACAGUCUAGCGAUCCUUACUGAUGCUGCUCAUCUCCUUUCUGAUGUUGCUGCUUUUGCUAUCUCCCUGUUCUCACUCUGGGCAUCAGGCUGGGAGGCAACACCUCAGCAAUCAUAUGGGUUUUUCCGUGUAGAGAUCCUUGGAGCGCUGGUCUCUAUUCAAAUGAUAUGGCUCCUGGCAGGUAUAUUGGUUUACGAAGCUAUUGCUAGAAUUAUACAUGACAACGGCGAAGUCCAAGGCAAGCUGAUGUUUGCUGUUGCUGCAUUUGGCUUAUUAGUCAAUAUCAUAAUGGCUGUCAUGCUCGGUCAUGAGCAUGGACAUGGUGGGCACAGUCAUGGGCAUGGUAAACAUGAUCACAGUCAUAAGGAUGAUGACCAUGACCACUCCCAGCAUGAUGAUCACCAUGCUCAUCAUCAUAAACACAACGCUGGGCAUGAUCAUGGUCACGGUGUUACAAUCACCAACCAUCAUCAUCAUAUCAACGAGGAGCAGCUGAAGGAUGAGCAUGUUCCUCUUCUGCAACAUUCUUCAGAUGAGAAUUCUUGUGUCCGGAAGAAGCAACGAAACAUCAAUGUCCACAGUGCUUAUCUACAUGUUAUUGGAGACUCGAUCCAAAGUGUUGGAGUCAUGAUUGGAGGUGCCAUCAUCUGGUACAAACCCGAGUGGAAGAUCAUUGAUCUCAUAUGUACGCUGAUCUUUUCUGUGGUCGUGUUGUUGACUACAGUGAAGAUGCUAAGGAAUAUACUGGAGGUCCUUAUGGAAAGCACUCCUCGAGAGAUAGAUGCCACCAAGCUCGAGAAAGGUCUCUGUGAGAUGGAUGGCGUGGUAGCCAUUCACGAACUCCACAUAUGGGCAAUCACUGUCGGGAAGAUUCUUCUUGCAUGCCAUGUUACAAUCACUCAAGAAGUGGAUGCUGAUGUUGUGCUCGAUCAGGUUAUAGGAUACAUCAGGAGGGAGCACAACAUAAGUCAUGUGACCAUCCAGAUAGAGAGACAAUAGGUUCAGCAUGUCAGGUAGAAUAAUAACCAUCUGUGGCUUGAAUACAUACCCCUAUUGCAUCUGUUUAAGAAGUUAUCAGCUUAUAGUCUAUGCUCCAGUUGGUGUUCUAAGCACUUGUGGACACUGCAGAAGUUGACAGCUUACAAAUUAAACCAGGAGAUGAUUUCGUUCAGAAUGAUUUUUGUACAUUGUCUGCAAUUCGUGGAUUUAGGUUAUGAUUCCUCUUAGCCAACCUCAUAGGUUCAUUUGGCUGUUACAGUUUCUUUAUAGUCCUCUUUCUUAUGAAUAGGUUAAGUCUACUGCAUGUACAGCAUAUGCAUAUGAAUCAGUUAACAUUUGGCAUGCCGCUGAAAGAAGUCAAUUUGUAGUCUUGUAUUUGUAGCCUGAAAUCUUUAUCAAGGUGUGUUCCACUGUUGCCUUAGAAUUGCCCAGCGAAGUGUGUGAUUCCUGUAAUUAUUUUGAUUAGCAAGUUUGGCGAGGCUGGUAA